CUGCUUUAGUAUUUUAGUCGAGUACGAUAAAUUUUUGGAUUUACCGCCCAAAAAUUGUACGUACUCGACUAAAAUAGUCUUUAUGGCUCUGAGACCAUUAAUCUAAGGUGCGGCCUAUUAAUGACGGGACAUCCUUUAUGUACCUACCUACCACAAACGGCUAAAAUACCUACACAAUCGGUUUUUGCACUGUCUAUGUUGUAGCAAAUGGACAGAGACUCGAGAAUGUAUUCGUUGUAUUUGGAGCGGCUACGACAUCGUCCUGUUUCGUUCCGUAAUUCAAAACAAUGAGUAAGAGAAAGAAUCCUUCUGAAACCGGAAAUCCGAACACGGAUUUCUGUGAUUUUUUAAUGGAAUUAGCCGAUUUCGAAAAGAACGUAAGCCGAAACAUCCACAAGUACAAUGCCUAUCGGAAAGCCGCUAGCGUGUUAGCUGCCCACUCCAAAAGGAUCGAAUCUGGCGACGAAGCCAAAAAGCUAAGCGGUAUUGGGGAUAAAAUCUCAAAAAAAAUUGACGAGUUUUUACAAACGGGUAAAUUGAGAAAGCUAGAGAAUAUACAUCAAGACGAAAAUGCUCAGGCCAUUAGCUUACUGACGAGAGUAUCUGGUAUCGGACCGGUGAAAGCUGCCGAUUUGGUCAAUAGCGGAAUAAAAACAAUUGACGACUUGAGAAAAAACCAAAUAAAAUUAAAUCAUCACCAACUUAUCGGUUUAAAGUACUUCGAGGACUUCGAGAAGAAAAUUCCGAGAGCUGAAAUACAGGAAAUUGAACAUUUGCUUAAAAAUAUUUUAAAUAAUUUAGAUUCUCAAUUCACAAUAACUAUUUGCGGGAGUUACAGACGUGGAAAGUCACAGAGUGGUGAUAUAGACGCCCUAGUAACCCACCCAUCUUUAAAAUUAGAUGAAAAGAAAAAGCAUAGUGAGAAGUUGUUGAAGACUGUUGUGGACGCGUUGCAUGAUCUGAUCACGGAUGUUAUAUCAAUGGGCGACACCAAGUUCAUGGGUGUAUGCCGCAUAUCAGAUGAAUAUCUGUACAGGCGUUUGGAUAUCCGUUUAAUUCCCAGCGACCAGUACUACUGCGCUGUACUAUACUUCACAGGCAGUGACGUAUUCAACAAGCAAAUGCGUACGCACGCACUCGAGAAGGGCUUCACCCUUAAUGAAUACUCUUUGAGACCCGUUGGAUGUACUGGUGUGCCCGGAGAGCCCGUGGCUGUCACAUCGGAAGAAGAAAUUUUCGACUACAUCGACUAUCCCUACAAGAAACCGGAGGAACGUAACAUUUAAAUUAUAUAAAAGCAUUGACCUCUUAUAAUAAAAGGACGCACAAUCAUGUCGAAAAUUUCACUUAAAAACUGGCAAAUUUUACUUUGACAGUUUUAGAAUUAUUGGUAAAGAAAAUUACACCUAAAGGCUUUUAAUUAUAGUCCAAUAUUCAAUAAAUCCCCAAAUUCAGAGCAAAUUCAACCUUAAGGACUACUUGAAUUGAGUGCCAAGAAGUUGUGUUUGGCACUCAUUGAGUGGGGACGUUUUUUGGUCGCUGAUUGUGCAUCUACUUUUUAAUAGGAGAUCGAUGUAUAAAAGUCAUAAUUAUUUACAAGUAAAAUAGAAAAUGGUAUCCACUAAAGUAAUUUCAUUUGGUUUCGAAUAAUUGAAUAGGUAUAUCUUAGAUGUAAAUCGUUUUAAAGUAAAAAAUAUACGCUAUUAAAUUAAA